UAGUUAAAGUAGAGAGUAUACGAUUAAUAAGGAUAAUAAAGAUAAUUACACAUAAAUAUAAUUCAGAUGGUGAGGAAACUGAAAAGUGUUGGGUGGGUGGUGACGAUGCUGGUGUUAUUAACAACGAGCAGCAGCAGCAGCAGGGGGUGGUGGUGGUGGGGGAAUGGGGCAAUGGGGGACGAGCAACCACAACAAGAAGAGUGUGCAAUAGUGAAGGCACUAAUCUCUGCUUGUUCAAGCUUUGUGAUGUAUGGAGCACCAGACCCCAUCCCGGGUUCUCCUUGCUGCGUUGCCAUGCUCAGCCUAAGCAAUGUGGCUGACUCCACCGAUAACCGCCAGAACGUGUGCAGGUGCAUGAUGGACCUCAUCACCACCUACAACCCCAAUGCCACUUCCAUUGCCACUCUCCCUGGCUUUUGUGGUGUCUCUCUUGGCUUCAUCAUUGAUCCUAACACUGAUUGUGAAUAUAUUGGAUGAACGUCUUGGACAACCUUCGUU